GGGGAGCGGAUCAAGAAGAGUCCCUGGAAUCUUGGGGGGGGAAAAUUUGGACGUGGGGAAAAAAAGGUGGCAUUUUAUAACUUCUUUGCUAAACUGCAAUUAUAAAAUUCUAGACACAGCCCGUUUUCGCCGGACAAAGCUAAUAUGAGUGCGUUAUGUUCGAUACGAACUGAAUGAGCCGAAGCUUACAGGCAAGUCGUAUUGUCUUCUAGCUGUUACUAGAAUCUGCAUUUCCUGAAUUAGUUACCUUCAAAAGUAGUAGAAAGAUGCUUCAUCUGUUCUACAUUGCGUUGAUCUUGUCUGCUUCAUUCAGCACAGGUUCAAGCUCAAGUGAGUCAGGUUAUUCUAGCAACCAACUGUUGCCAAAUCAAGUCAGCAAAUCUGGCAGCAUCAACGAAGAGGGAAGCAGAGAUGAUGCUUUGAAUCAACUGCCUUGUACAUUUGAUUGGUCAACAGCUGCCUGGAUUGCAGGAGGAGCAGUUGCUGCAGUGGUUGCUACCCCUGUUGUCGUUGCUGCAGCUGGUUUUACUGGUGCUGGAAUAGCAGCUGGAUCCUUAGCAGCACAAAUGAUGUCUGCGGCUGCAGUCGCUAAUGGAGGAGGAGUAGCAGCAGGUGGUGUUGUAGCAACCCUCCAGUCUAUUGGAACUGCUGGACUCUCUGCUUAUGGCACUGCUGUCGUAGGAAGUGUUGGUGCAGCUGCUGGCUGUGCUGCGAAAAGCACUCUUCAGGAUUCUGAAGAUGAGCUCUGAAGUUCACAAGCUGCUUUAAAGUAGACACUGAGCAGGAAUUAGCCUGCUCAUGAGGGUUUAUUCAUUCAGCAAUGGAGUCAAAAUCUGUUAGCUGUUAGUUUAUUGUAUAGACUAAUAAUUUGAAUAUAUGAGUAAUAUUACUGAAAAAAAGUCAGGUUGUUGAAGCUUUCAUUCUUGCAUUUAUCAGGACAAUUUGGAAGAAAUACCUUUGUAAUGUGAAAACAGCAUGUAUACUAUGAGAGGAAGAUGCUGAUUGGCAAGUGGACUCUUGGUUGGUAGAGGCAUUGCUAUGGAGAAUGUACAAGUUAAAUAAAGUUGUUUGACAAGUUUAUCUAAAUCUUGAGGGAGGCAUAUUAACUGUAGUUGAGGAAUUGCCCUGAGUUAAUUUGAAACUGUCGCCGUUUGUUUACAUGAACAUCCUGUCAGCAAAAUAGGUAUGACAAUUCUCUGGUUCAUUUCUCAGGGCAAUGUUAUGAACAGUCAAUAUGCUGGUUUAAAUUAAAACAAACCUUGGUGGUUAACUGCUAAUUAUCAUUAACUGGUGCAUUUGUCUUGGCAAUACUUCCACUGGAGUACACUUGACAACAAUCCAAAUGUUCUUAUCUUUGUAUAUAAAUAUUGUUUUCCCCUUUUACGUUGGCAUUUUUUACAAAUUGGCUUAGCGAGAGCAAGUCAAGAAGCUUUAACAAAAUGAGUUUAAUAUUACUAAAGUUUUCUACUAGCAAAGAACAAUUAUUUUCAAUAAUCCUCAUUUUUUGGAACGGUUGGUUGCACCCCUUGUGCUACUCUUUAGAUUCCCUGUUUAUAAGCUUAAUUCAAUUGGGUUAAACAUUCUACAGUGUUUUGAGCUGCACAUGUUGUUGUUCUAUAACUGGUCACUGCGUGAAUGCAGACAUUCAGUUUUGUCACUACAUUUCAUAGAAAUAACACGUGUUUGUCAAUGCUUUUGAAUUGAACCCAUCUGUUAACAAUAAGGGUGGGAGUUGUAUGCCUUUUUUAAACCUGUUUCCUUGAUCAAUCUGUUUUAAUAUCUCCUCUUUUUUGUGUGAUGAUCAUAUUCUUGUGAAACCACAUGGUUUGCUUUGUUACAUUAAAGGUGAUACAGAAAUACAA